AUGUCUCUCCCCCGAUAUGACGUCGGCAUCGGCGUGCAGUCAAAGUAUCUCCAAGUAUCAACACUGCCAAUGCUCGCCGGAGAGGAACCUAGGAUUGCUUCUUCUCUUGCCCUCCUUCGCCUUUUCUUUUCUGAUAAUUUCUUCUGGCCUGGCGUUGCUCCCUCUCUCCCCGUCGCCGUCGUCGUCAGCCUUCAGCAUCCCGGGUUCGAUGCCCAAUCUACAACCCAAUCUAUAGCGCCUCUCACUCUCAACCCCACGAUCACUACCAGAUUCCGCUCUGUCGUCCAGCUAACCCCGUCGUCCGAGGCCCCAGCUGCUCCUCGGGUUUGUCGUGACAAUUUAUUCCCUCCAGAAGGUGCCGAGUCGGAGCCUGCUUUCAUGUCAAGUCCACCAUGGGAUUUCAUUGCGAAGCUGCUCACUGUCCGUCUAUGCGAGGGCCGCUUCACCACCACCCAUGAUGUGACUAUCGGGGUAGAAUUCGGCUCGAGGAUAGUACCCGUUGGCCCACCGGCGUCAGAUGAAAUAGGAAUCAACUUCGACAAUACCUCCCUGUCCUCGAGCCCGUCAGCUCUCUCACCCACCACCUCCUUCAUAGGGAAUAACAGCCAGUCGGCGAACAAGAAUGGGAAAUCCGCCAGUGAGAAAUCGGUCCCGCCGUCUCCAAGGAGUCUAUCCGGACUGCCCCCGCCUCCAACCAAACCUUCCGAGCCCCCGGUUCAGAAACGCAUGAAGCUGUCGUUAUGGGACACGGCGGGCCAAGAAACAUAUAAAUCCAUCACAAGAUCAUAUUUCCGCGGUGCAUCCGGCGCCCUGCUGGUGUUCGAUAUAACUCGACCACCUACAUUUGCUUCCCUGACCCAAUGGCUGCAGGAUCUACGGCAGAUUGCCGAAGAGCGCAUCGUGGUGAUACUAGUCGGCAACAAGAGCGAUCUCGUUGAAGACGCCAAGCCCGAUAGCUCAAAGGGCAAAGAAAGAGAGACUGAUAAUCCCGAUACUAAUACCGACUCUAAUACCGAUAAUGAUAAUAAGAAACAACGCGUCACGCGCGAAGAGGCCGAAGAAUGGUGUAGAUUGAACAAUGUCGUCAGAUACGUCGAAACAAGCGCCAAGUCCGGCGAGGGCGUUGAAAGGGCAUUCCGCGAAGUAGCGGAGCGCAUAUACAGAAAUAUCCAGUACGGCAAAUAUGAUUUGAACGAUCGACGGAGCGGAGUCAAGGGGUAUGGCGCCUCAGCUGGACCGGGGAACGGACGAGUGCCUCGAACCGUCAACCUGGGUGUCAACGAUGCCAUGCGGAGAGGCAAUCGUGGAUGGACUGGUGGAUGCUGUUAA